AUGGGGCAAAGUAAAUCAUCAGACUACUGGGUUGGGCGCUUAAAGCAUUGCUCAAAUACAAGAGAUUUAUCUGGUGCAAGGAAGCUUCACAAGGAAAUCCUAUCUACAAACAUUAUUCUAGGCACUUACCUCAGAAAUUUACUUGUACAAAUGUUUGGGAAGUGCGGUAGUGUUACUGAAGCGUACGAUUGUUUUAACAGCACUCUUCAGCGAAAUGUCUAUUCGUGGUGUCUCAUGCUGGGAGCAUAUACCCAGAACGGGCUUAUCAACCAAGCCCAACAAAUGUUUGAUAUAAUGCCAGCCAGGGAUGAGGUAGCACACACAAUACUGCUUACAUGCUACGCUCAGAGAGGUUGUCUAAGAAAAUCGCAAGAGCUCUUUGAUGCCAUGGCGGAUCAAAGUGUUGUUGCUUGGAACGCGAUAACUUCAGCUUAUGCCCAAAACGGGCAUUUGGAAUCUGCCAAGGAAAUGUUUGACAGGAUGCCUGUUCGCAACGAGAGCUCGUGGAACGGGCUCAUGCAAGCUUAUGCCGAAAAUGGUGAUACGAAAAUAGUAAGGGAAUUGUUUGAGAAAAUGGCCAAACGGAAUGAGCUCUCGUGGAACACAAUGCUUUCGGCAUAUGCCCAAACAGGUGACUUUGUUGAAUUUUUCGACCGGAUGCCGUCUUACACGGUCGUUUCUUUCAACACUGUGAUGCUGGCUUACACUGAGAAUGGGUCUCUAAGUCUUGCAAAGAGUGUUUUUGAGACAAUGUCGCAGAAGACAAUCGUGUCAUGGACAACGCUGCUCACGGCACUGGCCAAGAGCGGCGAGAUCGAGCAAGCAAAGAUGGUAUUUGAGAGAAUGUCGGGGCACGACGUUGUAAUUUGCAGCUCAGUGAUCCAGAUUUACGGCCAGCAUGGAUUUCUCAGAGCUGCUCAACACGUGUUUGACCGGAUGCACGACCGCAAUGACCAGACAUGGACAGCGAUUCUCACAGCCUACGCAGCCAGCGGAGAUCUAAAAGCUUGUGAGGCAUUUUUCAAGGAGAUACCAAAUCCGGACGCGUUUUCUAGGACAGUGAUGAUGCAAGUAUAUGCCCAAUGCGGGGAUUUGGAGCGAGCAACAAGGCUGUUUCUAUCGCUGGAGAGGAAAGACUCCGUGGCUUGGAAUGUGAUCAUCCAGGCUUAUGCCCAGAACGGGCAUGUCGAGGAAGCUAGAACCAUGCUCGAGAAAAUGACCGCAGAAGUGGACGUGGUAUCUUGGACAGCGUUGGUGUCUGGGUAUGCCCAAAACGGGCAACUGAGCAAAGCAAAGGAUGUUUUUGACAAAAUGCCACAGUGGAGUGAAAUCUCCUUGACGUCCAUGGCUGUCGCAUAUGCCCACAACGGGCAUAUCGCAGAAGCAAGAGAUAUGUUCGAGCGUGGACCUAUUGAAUCCACUGCCCCAUGGUCUGCGAUGAUCACAACAUACGCCCAAAACGGGCAUCAUACUCAAGCUCUCGAGCUUUCGUUGGCAAUGGAGCUUCAGGGUGUGAUGCCGGAUGCAAUCGCCUUUCUGGGAGUGCUCGUUGCUUGCAACCAUGCGGGUGAUCUACAAAGGGGAUUCCAGAGCUUUGUGGCUAUGGUGGAGCGGGGCAUCAGAGCGACUGCUCAACACUACUGCUGCGUGGCGGACAUGCUUGGGCGUUUGGGACGAGUGGGAGAUGCCCACGAACUUAUCCAGUGUAUGCCAUUUGUGCCCGACGAUGCGACAUGGACAAGCUUUGCUGGGUCAUGUAAACUGCAUCUACAGACAUUAGACUCUGGAUCACAGAGUGUUUUGGAACCAAUGGCGUGGAGAGAUUCUUCUCCCUAUGUGUUGAUCUCGCAUGCAUGUCUUGGAAGAUAA